AUGCCGACCAGUCCUCCGUUCGUGUUGGCACAUCCAGACCUACGAUUCGGCAAUAUAUUCGUUGACGAUGACUUCCACAUCAUCGGCAUCAUAUACUGGGAAUUCACAGGCACAAUCCCACUACAACUAUUCAUACCGCCGCCGUGGGUCACCGGUCACGACCCCGAUACACUGCGAAUCAUGCGUGGACUUGUGCGUGGCCCCUUUCGUGAUGAGAAUUUUGCCGAGUUCCGCGAUGUUCUGCAAAAUAAGCGCCAAACAUGCAGCAUUUCGGAAAAGCUAUGGCACGAGUGGGGAUAUCAACAGGGACAGGCCGGACAAGAAGAGAGCCCCAUUCAAAGAGUCCCAACUAUUGCCCAGAUAUUACGCCACCCUUCCAGUCUCAUGAGCGUAUAUUACUCGUCUCUCUUCCGUAUGCUCUUCGGUCCGCUUGCGAACAGAGAUGCAGAGAUUCGCAAGUUUUUUGACCAUCCGGACAAUGUCAGUCUCGUGAAGCAGGUCGAGCUUCAAAUUGAGAAAUCCAAGCGUUAUACUCAAUAUUUAGAAGAAAGAGGUUUACUCAUCGAGGACGUCCAUAGCCAGCAAAUUCGGGAGUAUCUUGCCAAUACUAAACAUUUGGUGCAUAGAUAA